AUACUGGUUUUACAUUCUCUAAUGAGGUCUGUGGGGCCUAUUUAUCUCAUGGGAAAAUAAGAGUGAAACUAGCUGAUCCGAAAGUGUCUUGCCAGUUAAGAGUCUGUGAUUUGGCAAAAGGGUUUUUGGGAAGUGAAGCUGAUAAUUAGCUGAGAGGGAGGGAGAAUUGACUUUGUUUUUACUUGGUUUACCUGUGAGCUAAAAGUGGGCGACAAAUGGUAGGGGUCGCUAAUGCUGGAUCUUAACUCUGGACAGAGGAAAGGAAGAAUGCAACCUUGGUUAAGAGGCAGAGAUGGAUUAAGUGGUUUUCUGUUCCCAGCGUCUCUUCUGUAUGUGGGUGGAAAGCCAAUGAAGGGGAAAAAAGUGAAUUCACCCUAGGAUAGGGAAUGGUAGCCGUGUGAAGGUGGGUGUGCCUGUUUCUGUGAUUUCUCUCGAUUCAGCGACUCAUACUUUGGAAAUAUUGGAUAGAUUCACAAACUACCGCUGCUUUCUGGGGUUUUCAGAAGCUUGCCUUUGAACUUAAUUUUCGUGAGCAAACCGGUGUGGAGUUGGCGGCCCCUCCCUUCCUCCAGGGCCCCUGGAGAUGGAGUAGGCAGCAGGCGCCCCCUGGUGCUGUUCAAGUAGUACUACUGUUGCUGUUAGCCAACCUUCCUUUCUGAGGAAAUUUUAUUUUCCUGUGGCUUUUGUGACUUUAUUGUCUUCCACUUAACAUAGGAGGAAUACUUGGGGCAGUGAUUUUAUAUUUAGAAUCAGUGAACUGGUGAUUCUGCAUCUUGUCCCUGCCACUUCCAUUCAUUCAGAACAUAGGUUUGAGUAUGCCUAUUUGUAUGUGGCUCUAGGGAUAAUAGUUGUGAUAUGAAACCCUUGCCCUCACCAACAACUAAAAUAAGUUUUAGCAAUAAAUACGACAGGGCAGAGAGGGUAAUAAAACCAUAUUUUGAUAAUUAGUCUAGUGAGGACCAGAGAAUUCUAGAAACACACACAAUUCUAGAAACAAGUGAUAAAAAAAAGAUUUGAUGGGGCAGCGCCUGUGGCUCAGUGAGUAGGGCGCCAGCCCCAUAUGCCGAGGGUGGCGGGUUCAAACCCAGCCCAGGCCAAACUGCAACAAAAAAAUAGCCGGGCGUUGUGGCAGGUGCCUGUAGUCCCAGCUGCUCAGGAGGCUGAGGCAAGAGAAUUGCGUAAGGCCAGGAGUUAGAGGUUGCUGUGAGCUGUGAUAUCAUGGCACUCUACCUGAGGGCGGUACAGUGAGACUCUGUCUCUACAAAAAAAGAAAAGGUUUGAUGGGUAUUAACCAGAUAACAAAGAAGAGUCUUCAGUCCUUCUUAUUACAGUAUUCAGUUUAAAUAUUUUUUUCCUGUGGUCAUAUUUCUUCAUCCCAAAUAGAUGAGCUGCCUCUGAUGCUCUCACUCUACUUUCAGAUUUCCUAGGCUGGUGUUUGAAAGUUCUGUAGAAACCAUUGUCCAAGGAAUUUUUUUUUUUUUUUUUAAUCUUUAAGGCUUGGCGCCCGUGGCUCAAGUGGCUAAGGCACCAGCCACAUACAUCUGAGCUGGCGGGUUCGAAUCCAGCCCGGGCUUGCCAAACAAAACAACAAUGACGGCUGCAACCAAAAAAUAGCCAGGCUUUGUGGCGGGCGCCUGUAGUCCCAGCUACUUGGGAGGCGGAGACAGGAGUCUGCUUGAGCCCAGGAGUUUAAGGUUGCUGUGAGCUAUGAUGCCACAGCACUCUACCCAGGGCGACAGCUUGAGGCUGUGUCUCAAAAAAAAAAAAAAUCCUUAAAAGUGCAUUCUUUACCUCAGAUUGGCUUUGCAGUUGUUUAUACAUUACUGCCAUUCCAACAAAGAGAUGGAAAUAACAGUUUUCUCCAUCCCUAGUAGUUGACUCUCUUCACCGAAAGUUUGUUUCAGCAGUGUGAGCUGACUGAAGUCCUGCUGAGUAGUGUUGUUUUCUUUUUUUUUUCUUCUCCACUUAAUUUAACAGACCAGCUGAACACACAUCAGAGAACUAAGCUGGAGUGUGUAGUCAUUAUGGUCUUCAAGUACAGUUUUAUAACUUUUGGGACUCUGGUUUGGGUCCUAGUUUAUUAUUCUGGGCAAGAGGAAAAGGCACACACUAAGUAAUAGCAACCACAACAUAUAUUUAAGUAGUACUUCACACUUUAGUUCAUUUUACCAUCAUGACAGUUUUUUAGUUUUUAGUUUUUUUUUUAUUUGAGACAGUCUCACUAUGUUGCCCUCAGUAGAGUGCUAUGGUGUUACAGCUCACGGCAACUUCAAACUCUUGGGCUUAAGCGAUUCUCUUGCCUUAGCCUCCAAAGUAGCUGGGAUUACAGGUGCCUGCCACAAUGCCUGGCUAUUUUUUUUGUUGUUGUUAUAGUUGUCGUUGUUUUAGCUGGCCUGGGCUGGGUUCGAACACUCCAGCCUCGGUGUAUGUGACCGGUACCCUACCCACUGAGCUACAGGAGCUGCCCAUCAUGCCAGUUUUGUGAAAUGGUAAAAAAAAAAAAAAAAAGAUGGACUGGUCACAUAUUUUACAUAAAGAACUAAGGUUCUGAGCUACUGAAGAGAACUUGUGACUGAGUCAGAACUUGAACCCAGGUCUUUAGUUCCUGCAUAGAAGUACUCAAUAGGCUUUUAAAGAUUUUCUUUGAGCUUAGCUUUCUUUGUAUGGAACUUUCUCAAGAAAGAUACAGUGCUUCAGAGUGACACCUAGUGAACAUUUCUGCCCUCAAGAUGCUUUUCCCUCACCUGGGAAGUCAGAAGCCUAAGGAACUCAGUCCUGAAUUCCUGGUGAUGAGAGGAUGUGGCCCCUGGACCCAUCCAGGAAGGAGGUGCUGAGAUUUGCAGUCAGCUGCCGUGUUCUGACUCUGGUGCUACAGGCCGUCUUUAAUGCUGUGAUCCCAGAUCACCAUGCAGAAGCUUUCUCUCCUCCUCGCCUGGCCCCUUCAGGCUCUGUGGACCAACUUGUGGAAGGUCUCCUAGGGGGUCUGUCUCGCUGGGAUGCUGAACACUUCCUGUUCAUUGCUGAGCAUGGGUACCUAUAUGAGCACAACUUUGCCUUCUUUCCUGGUUUUCCCUUGUCCCUGCUUAUGGUGACUGAACUGCUGAGACCCUUGCGGGGGUUCCUGAGCCUCCGGAGUUGCCUGCUGAUUUCAGUAGCGUUGCUCAAUUCCUUGUUCUCUGUGCUGGCAGCAGUCGCACUUCAUGACCUAGGUUGUCUGGUUUUGCACUGUCCCCACCAGGCCUUUUAUGCAGCACUGCUCUUCUGCCUCAGCCCUGCCAAUGUCUUCCUGGCAGCUGGUUACUCAGAAGCUUUGUUUGCCCUCCUGACAUUCAGUGCCAUGGGGCAGCUGGAGAGGGGCCGAGUCUGGACUAGUGGAUUCCUCUUUGCCCUUGCCACUGGUGUACGCUCCAAUGGGCUAGUCAGUGUUGGCUUCCUUAUGCAUUCUCAGUGUCAAGGCUUUUUCUGUUCUCUUACAGUGCUGAAUCCCCUGAGACAGUUCUUAAAGCUGAUCAUCUCUCUGUUUCUGUCAGUGCUUACACUUGGCCUUCCCUUUGCCCUCUUUCAGUAUUAUGCCUACACCCUAUUCUGUCUGCCCAGCUUGGCUCACCCCAUUCCUGACCCCUUGGUACAGUUAGCUAUGGACAAGGGCUACCGGAUUGCAGAGGGAAAUAAGCCACCUUGGUGCUCCUGGGACCUUCCUGUGAUAUAUAGCUAUAUCCAGGAUGUCUAUUGGAAUGUUGGCUUUUUGAAAUACUAUGAGCUCAGACAGGUGCCAAAUUUUCUGUUGGCUACACCAGUGGCUAUACUGGUUGCCUGGGCAACUUGGACAUAUGUGACCACCCACCCUUGGCUCUGCCUUACACUUGGGCUGCAAAGGAGCAAGAGCAGUAAGACCCCAGAAAAGCCUGAUCCUGGAUUCCUCAGUCCUCAAGUGUUUGUGUACCUGAUCCACGCUGCAGUGUUGCUGCUGUUUGGAGGUCUGUGCAUGCAUGUUCAGGUUCUUACCAGGUUUUUGGGCUCCUCCACUCCCAUAGUGUACUGGUUUCCAGCUCACUUGCUUCAGGAUCAAGAGCCACUGUUGAGAUCCCUAGAGACUGUGCCUCGGAAGCCUCCUGCAGGACAAAAGGUCCCCAGAAAUCCUAUCACAGGGCUUUUGUACAACUGGAAGACCUGUUCUUCAGUCACACGAUACAUUCUAGGUUACUUCUUAAGUUACUGGCUCCUGGGACUACUCCUACAUUGCAACUUCCUGCCUUGGACAUGACUUGGAGUCUCCAGGGACAAGCUGGAAGCUAGCUUUACCCAUGGGUCUGAAAUUAAAAAUACACAUCGGGAC